AUGCGAGUAACUGGAGCUUUAUCUUACGAGCAAAUCGAGAUUAACCAUCAUAGACACUUUACACAAUUUAUUUGUAGACUAGCUAAUAAACCGUGGCCACAAUCAAGCAAAACCAUCAAAGAUACUGUACCAUUGUACGAUCAUCAUACAUUAAUAUUUUGUUUUUUAUACUUUCAAUUUACACCAUUUAAAUCAGGGAAUUUACACAAAGACUACAUAGAGCACAUCAAAGAUAUGAUACCAUCAUCAACAUCACAAAACCAAAAGAGGCUUUUUAUAUUACCUAAAAUCAAUCAAAAUCAAGAAGAAAUUGCUUCAACAUCCCAUACAAAUAUCCGGUCAUACAACAGUUCCUUGGCUUUUGCUUCGAUGGGGGCUAAAAAUGAUAAUUUAUUAAUUAAAGGCCCAUACUGUUUUAGGGUUCAUGGUCAAAUUUACCAUCGAACAUCACAUUUAUAUCCUCCUAAUGGCGUUUCCCCAAAAUAUGCACAAUUAUAUGUUCUUGAAACAUCUCAGGCCAUUGAAAAUCGUUUACUUUUUAAAGAAAAUUCAGCUUGUGAUAUUAAUUUAUUAAAAAAACUUGAUAUUUUAAUUCGUCAAAUAAAUCCAUAUGCUAUUAGCUUUAAAACAUUGAAUGAGGUUGAGAAGGCCGGAGAAAUGAAAGCUCGGUUAGAAAACCGUCCUAUAUCAAAGGUAAAUAGGAUUUUUCGCCGUGAUCGUGCCAAUGAUAGAAGAAGAUAUAAUAUUCCUACUAUUGAUGAAGUAGCAAUGAUUUUUAAUAACGAUGAUGGAGAACCACCUUUUCAACGCGAUGUUAAAGUUUAUCCACGAAAUGAUGAUUUAAAUUUAGUUAUCUUAAAUAUUCUUAGCCCAAAUUUAGAUCCUAUGGUGUAUACUUUACUAUUUCCUUAUGGUGAUCAUGGAUGGCAUACGGAUAUGAAAUUUAAUGGGUCUUUUAACAAGGGAACAAGAUCAAAUAUAACUAUGUUACAAUUUAAAAUAUCAAGGUUAGCUAUUCGUGCAAACACUUUUAAUCCUAUUCUUUAUGCUGGGCGAUUAUUUCAUCAGUAUGUUGUUGAUUCUUAUCUCCAAGUCGAAGCUAAUAAUUUGAAUUAUAUAAAAUUAAACCAACCAAAAUUACGUGUAGAGGAAUAUUCAGGUCUUAUGGAUCAUAUUUCGAAAGCAUCCGAUAAUACUAAUUUACCUCUAGGAAGAGCCGUUAUUUUGCCUUCUUCUUUUCAGGGGUCCGAUAGAAACAUGCGUGAACGAUAUUAUGACGCUAUGGCAAUCGUUUCUAAGUUUGGUAAGCCGGAUUUAUUUAUAACAUUUACAUGCAAUCCCAAUUGGAGGGAAAUUAAGGAAAAUCUUUAUAAAGGCCAGAACCCUUCGGAUAGACCUGAUUUAUUAUCUAGAGUUUUUCAUUUAAAAUUAUCUGAAUUAUUACACGAUAUUAUUAAAAAAGAUUUAUUUGGCAAAUGUUCGGCAUACGUUUAUACCAUAGAAUUUCAAAAGAGAGGAUUACCUCAUGCUCAUAUGCUCAUUAUAUUACAUGAAAAUAAUAAAAUUGAAACAGCUAAGUGUAUAGAUAAUUUUGUUCGAGCUGAAAUCCCAGAUAAAAAUGUCAAACCCUUAUUAUAUGAUAUUGUAACUCGCUUUAUGAUACAUGGACCCUGUGAAUCUCAACACAAUCCUAACGGAUAUCCAUUUUAUCAACGUAGAAAUAAGGUUUUAUUCAUGUCGGAGUUUAAUGCUCACAUAAAUGUUGAAAUAUGUACUUCUAUAAAAUCCGUCAAAUAUAUUUUUAAGUACGUUUACAAAGGCCACUACUGUGCUAAUAUAGAUCUUAAAACUAAUUCACUUCAAUCUCGUGAUGAAAUUAGAAUGCAUAUAAAUGCCCGAUAUGUAAGUGCAUGUGAAGCCAUGUAG